AUGAGUGCCCACGAGCCUGCAGCCGCUGCUGCAAAGGAUGCUUCGAGAGCACUACGUUUGUCUAACAAUGAGUGGACUGACAAGUGUUUUGCCAUCUCUAUGGGUGCAAUUAUGGUUCUCUUUGCUGUAUACCACUGGUCAAGUGUGAUUCACUUUUACUAUGGUCGAAGGAAGAGUAACCCUACAUUGACUCGGAAGUAUAGACAGGCUCGACGCUUUCUGUCUAGCUCAACGAUUGGAUUAAGGACAGAUCGGUCUAUUCUGUACAUCAUCUACUGGGCUAUCAACUUGAUCCUCGCUUUAACCAAUAUCGAUCUUACAAAUAUCAGCUUUGUUGCCAAACGAUUUGGCUGGAUUUCAGUCGCAAACUUGACACUUUUGGUCUUCCUGGCCUUGAAGAAUACCCCCCUCGCUCCCUUAACAGCCACAUCCUACGAAAAGCUCCGCCCGCUACACAAGGUUGCAGGUUACACCUGCAUCUUCACAAGCGUCUUGCAUGGCAUAGUAUACCUAUCUGCCUGGUCUGAGGCUGGAGAACUAUACGAAAUGAAAGAGACAAAGAAUUUUGCCGGUGCUAUUGCAGGUCUUGCCAUGGUUAUCAUUGGCUUUUCAACCAUCACAUACCUCAUGCGAGGGCAUUAUGAACUCUUCUACAUGCUGCAUUUAGCCAUGUUCGUUUUGAUUAUGAUCACAGUCGGAAUGCACCGUCCGAGUUUUUCAACCUCAACAGUGAUCAUCGUGAUAUUUACUGCCUCUAUUUGGACCCUGGACCGCAUCAUCCGCGGUGCAAAGAUAGUCUGGAACUUCUUCGGAAAUUCCCUCACUGUCACGGCUUUGCCCAACAAUGCCCUUCGGGUAAAACUCAGCCGUCGCAUGCACUGCAGUCCGGGUUCCCACGCUUUCUUGUGGGUUCCUGCCGUCCGCUGGAUUGAAAGCCAUCCCUUCACUCUAGUAUCUUCGAACCCAUCUGAGUUCGUUAUUCGAGUGUACGAUGGCUUCACACGGGACUUGUACAAAGCUGCCGUGGAGUCCCCAGGGAGAUCUCUACGCUGUUCUGUGGACGGUGCAUAUGGCCAAGUCCCCAACUUCAGGGUAUUUGACAAAGUUGUUCUUGUCGCCGGUGGCAGUGGUGCUAGCUUCACGUUUGCUAUUGCACUAGACCUGAUCGCAACAUCAAACAAGACAGUGAAGUCGAUUGAUUUUAUUUGGGUAGUGAGAAAUCGAGAGAGCCUCGAGUGGUAUACCCAAGAACUCAAACAACUUCAGUCUCAUCUAGAAGUGAAUGUACUCAUUCACGUCACUGGCAUUUCGUCACCCACAUCAUCCCCGGACACUUCAUUAGAAAAACUGUCUACAAAGAACGAUGUAACUCAAACAGAGGAUAUCAUAGUCUUUUCAACAAAUGACCCUGAGAAAGGUGGUGCGCAACAGUCCACAGACAAUAUUUCUUCUUCCAUACACCAGAUCUUACCAGGGCGCCCGAAUAUUGGCAACCUGAUCAGGACCGCUACCACUGCAAGCAACUCAGAUGACCGUAUCAUUGUCGGCGCCUGUGGCCCUAGUGAGCUUCUUGGUACAACACGGAAGGCUGUUAAUAAUGAGUUGCAUAAUGACGGACUAUCCAUAACACUCUACACUGAGGAAUUUGAAUGGUGA